AUGCUGGAGAGCUUUUCAAUCCCUUUGUUCAUUGUCUUCAUCCUGCUUUUCAUUUUGCUGCUCUUUGUGGUGCUCAUCAGGAAAAACGCCACUGCUGCCCUUAUCUGGAACGAAAUAAUCCGGGAAAAAAUAACCAAUUUCAUCAUGAACCAGAGCAAAGAACAGAGGAUUUUAAAUUUCGUGCUGCAGAAUGCAGUGCGAGGAGAUCCCUGUAGUGUGAUGGCCAGUAUAGACAAGUACUGCUCCCAGAAGGAGUGGGCCAUGAACGUGGGCGAUGAGAAAGGUUUAAUUUUAGACAAGACAGUGGAAGAGGUCAAUCCAUCCAUUGCACUGGAGCUGGGAACAUACUGUGGCUACUCAGCAGUGAGGAUUGCUAGGCUACUGAAGCCAGGAGCUCGUCUUCUCACUGUGGAGUUCAACCCAAAGAGUGCUGCUAUAGCUAAACAGAUGAUUGAGUUUGCUGGAGUAGAAGAUAAGGUAAGAAUCCUAGAAGGCCCUUCAGAGGAAAUCAUCCCCCAGCUGAAAAAAAAAUAUGAAGUGGAUACUCUGGAUUUUGUCUUCCUGGACCACUGGAAAGACAGAUACACACCAGACACCAUCCUCCUUCAGGAAUGCAACUUGCUGAGGAAGGGCUCAGUUCUGCUGGCUGACAACAUCAUUUUUCCAGGAGCUCCAGAAUUCCUUAACUAUGUGCGCAAGAAUCCCCAUUUCCAAUGCACUAACUACCCAUCUCAUCUGGAAUAUAUGCAAGUGGAAGAUGCUAUGGAAAAGGCUGUGUUUUUGGGAUAAAGAGCCAUUAAUACCCAGCCUCUGUUUCAAAUGAUGUAAAUGCAACUGCACAG